CACUACGAGAACACAGUAGCUGAUUUUUACUUAUUUUUGUAUUCCGACGGUGGAAUGGUCUAUAAAUAGGGGUGCCACAUGAAUGUAAAAUCCAGUGUAACAACACUCGCACUCGGAUUUGGUUCUUGUUACAACUGCUAACUGCUAAAACAACAUGGACUCUGACGAUGAACAGAAGAUGGCCAUGCUCCGCAAGGCUUUCCAGAUGUUCGACACCACAAAGUCCGGAUACAUCGAUGUCCUCAAGAUCUCUACCAUCUUGAACACAAUGGGCCAGCUGUUUGAUGACUCUGAACUGCAAGCCCUCAUCGACCAGAAUGAUCCAGAAAACUCUGGAAAAAUCAACUUUGAUGGAUUCUGCAACAUCGCAUCCCACUUCUUAGAAGAGGAAGAUGCUGAAGCUAUGCAACAGGAACUGAAAGAAGCUUUCAGGUUAUACGAUCGUGAAGGCAACGGCUACAUCACCACGUCAACCCUUAAGGAGAUCCUGGCUGCUCUGGAUGACAAACUGAGCAAUUCUGACCUUGAUGGUAUCAUCGCUGAAAUUGACACUGACGGCUCUGGUACCGUUGACUUCGAUGAAUUCAUGGAGAUGAUGACUGGCGAUUAAAAACAACGUUUACAAUUUACCAUAGUAUUAUUUAUUCUUAGAUUUUUAUUCACUCUCGUAAGAUGUAAGACUUCAUCAGUACAAACAAAUGCGGUAUUAGCAUGAUGCAUGUUGGAAAUUCAACUGUGCACUAUUAAUCUAUCUUAUAGAUAGGUAUUUAAAAUUAUAAGUGAUUUUAUAAUUAUAUUCGUUCCUAUCGAUUAUUUCCAUGAUAAUUUGAAUGAAACGGAUUCCAUGCGUUUUGACAAUUAUAUGCUAAUAUAUAUAACGCAGAA